AUGGGGUGCGCAGAAGCCGCUUCUUUGCCUGUCUUCGGAGGCAGCCACGGCAGCGGAGUGUACGCAGACCUCAGCUCAAUAUGUCGUGCUGCAGUGCAUGCAGGCAUAUUAAGGGAUGGAGGCGUUGUUAGUGUUUCUCUAGAAAACCCACUACCAGCUUACUACGGCUGCAGCAGCCACGGGGUCGCCUCCCUCUCCCUCAACACACCCAAUACAAUCGAGCUCCGUAAUGAACUUCAACAACCACCAGCAGCAGCAGCAACAGCAGCAGCUGAUGCAGAAGCAGCAGCAGCACUUCAAGCGCUGCCAAGCAAACGCCGAGGCCGCGUAACUCGCAGCAUCCGCAUCGUUCCAGUGGCGAAGGACUGCCCCAUUGAGAGCCUCUCUUCUAUCGCCACUGCAUUCAUCGAGUUGGAUGCUGCUGCAGCAUCUGCUGCUGCAGAGACACCGCACGAGAAGAAGGAAGAUGUCCUUAUUAGUCCGAUGAUGGCGAACAUUAUAAACGACGUGCUGCAGACAAUGGGUUAG